CUUGUUCUACAGCACCUUGGCACAUAUUCUGCCACAGAGAAGGGGGGAGGCUGUGAGCAUUUUCACACUCCAGUUUCUAAGGUAAUAAAAAUGAUGACGCUCACAGCCAUUUGUUUCAGUGUCCUGCGCAGGCCAGCCUCAUGGCUAACUGCACUGCCCAGCGCCCAUCCCCCCACACUGUGCACACGGCCUGUCCCCGGCAGGAUGAGCUGACUGUAAACCACACCAGGGCUAUUGAUUAAUUAAUGUACCCCAACUGCAGGCUUGGCUCCCUGCAUAGUAGUGGAGCAGUUUUCAGCUGCCUGCAGUGGCGUGUGCCAGUCUGGUGUUCCUGCAGUGUUGAGGGGAGGAAAGGCAUAAAAUAAGAGUAGCAGAGCAGCAGACAACUGUGGAUGGGAGGAAGGCGUCAGCAACAUAGUCACCAUUAAUCACCAAAGGGCCAUUGUGGUCCUGUCCUCUCCACGGCGCCAGCGCAGGCAGGCAGACAGAGAUAAAGAAGAAGAGAGGAAGAGGCAGAGGGACAGAGGGGGCAGGGUGGCUGUAGGGAGGAAGAGGGGGAGAGAAUGUUUGGGGAUCAGCCUGUAUGUCCAUCUCAGCCCCUGCUGCGGGGCGCUCUGCUGCUGUCUCAGUGUCUGUCCUCCGUCUUCUCCCAGGUCCCGGACCCUGAGUUGUUGCCCACAGAUCCUCCGAAGAAGCCGGACCCCAUCACCUCAGAGUCUGUUGUUUUCUGGGGGCUGCGGUUAUGGCAGGUCAUUGCCAUCUUUUCCGUGUUUGUUUUAGCAAUAAUCAUCACUCUGUGUUGUAUAUUCAAAUGUCGAAUUCCAAGAACCAAAAAGGAAAUAGAAGCACGAAAUGUGCAAAGACAGGCCGCCAAGAAAUACGCCAACACAUUAGAGACAGUGCCACCUCUUAAUGAGCUGACUGAGAUCCCAGGAUCUGCCCCAGAUGCAUCUGCAGUUCAGACAGUCUCUGAGCAGGUCCAAACUCAAAGUGCCACCGGCAGCCAACUCUCAAUAGUUAGAGUCAGCGAGGAGCAACCCGGCUCUCUCACCUUGCCAGAGACAGGAUGAAUGUUUCCCUCUUCUUCUUUUUCCCUUAUCUUCCUGCAGACUUUUCUCUUGGCUAAGUGACUUUAAAGUAAAUGGUGCACAUGAAAGUAUCCACUCUAAAAGUCCCCUUCAUGCAACACACAUCCAUCUGGUCUUCCUAAAUGCUAUUUUCCGUAUCUUGCAAGAGAAAUUCAGGCAAACAAGUAACUCAUUCAACCACAUCACUUUAGAAAUCUAUAGCCAGAAAAUAGAGUUUGAACUUUGCAAAUGUUGCUUUGUGGUGGAGUAGUCCAGCAGCAGUAACUCCGUAUGUGCAGAAGAAAUGACAUCUUUAACUUUGACUACAAAACAGAGAUUGUCAUGCUUUUGCAAAUUAGGUUACACAUUUGCAGGUUAGACUUUUGUAUUUUUUAAGUCUUUCUAUUUUAAAAGAUGUGUUUCAUAUAGAUUACACGCUGCUUCAUUAAUAUUUGAGUGGACAUUUUCAGAGCAUAUAACUUUGAGUAUGGAAAAUUGCUAUUACUGUAAGCUGUGAAAAUGGUAAUGCAUGCAGCAUGAUGUCUGUGCUCUGUGUAUUUCUGUCUUCCAACCUACCUGGUUGCUCUCUUUUGGUUUAGCUUUGAAUAAAGCAAAUCACU